AUGACGCGGCUGUCCAACCUUUUUGACUAUGGCAAGCGCCGAGCGCCAUUGGGCGACCUUCCGCCAGCUCCAGUGAUCGACCCCAAAGCCCAGGUUGAGCCGAACGAGUCUGCGAAGCGCCACCCCGCGCUAGAGAAUGCUCUUCUGCUGCGCACGUCAAUUUCGAUCGCAUCAACAACAUCCACCGACUCGGCGCGGUCCAACAUGGCGUACAUUACGUACAUGGCCAAGUGGAACGACAAGAGCCUUGGCUUGCUUAUCAAGAAUCGCCGCAACAAAAGCAUCGUCAAGGGCAAGACAGAGGCGGCCGAUGCAAAAUGCAACCCGGACCUACGCCAGAUCCAGCAUGGCGACGAGCUCAUCGGCAUCAACGAGCACUCAACGAUCGACAUUGGCUUUGAGGCAACGAUGGCGCUGCUCAAGAACAUUGUGAAGCCAGCGAUCCUCUCGUUUCGGCGCCAGAUCCGCGAAGUCCACUCCAACAACGACGACAGCUUCACCUCCAACGCGGCGUCACUGCGCCUCUCGGACGUCCCGAUGCCCGUCGCGUCGGUCGAGUACGAUGCGACGCCACCGCCACCAACACCGCCAGUCGCUACCAGUGUGAGUGUCCCGAGCAAUGCAACGACCCUCCCGAGCAAGUUUCGCAGUGGUCCAGAGGUACCUCCGUCGACGGCGGCCGACUUUAUCGAUACGGCGCCACCCAUGACUCGCACAAAGUUCAACGGCAUCGACGUCGUGCCGGAACCGUACUGGAGCGAUGGUCUACGCGAUGACUACGACGAUGAUGACGACGGUAGCCGCGACAGUCUCUUCGAUUACGACCCACAGCAGUACGCCAUGAUUUCGAGUAACCGUUCGAGUUUGAUGCCCUUGUCGACGCGCCGAGCGACACAAGUCAAGACGGGUGAGAGCGUUGUGCCGAUGCUCAUGUCGUCACGGUCGUACGACGCUGACGACGACGCUGGUGUGUGCAAGAGCGAGUUCAUUCCGCUUUCGAUGGACCACCGCGACGGCGCGCACGUGUUUACGCUCGUCCAGUGGUACGGGGAGCCGCUUGGGAUCGCCUUGCACAAGAAUAGCGCGAACCAACUCGCCGUGCUCUUUUGCACGGGUGAGGGCAUUGCAGCUGCGGUCAACUGCAUUUCUGUCGGCGACGUACUUGUCUCGAUCGCCGAGGUGCCAAUGAAGCGCUUCACGCUGCCGGCGUGUAUCGACUUUCUCCAGGCAGCUCAGAAGCCUGUUUCGCUGCUGUUUCAGCGCCUUGAGCACAUUAUUGCGGACGGCUGCGCGAAGCCUGCGGUGGCGCAGCCUUCGCGGUGCGAUCUGGCAGCCUGCAUCGAAAACAACAAGCUCUUGCUCCGCCAGGAAGGCCCCUCGGAGGUCACGAUUGAGUGGGACGGUGACGACGUCUGGGGCUUGCAAUUCAAGCACUACUACGUCCAGAUGGCUACUGUGCUUGUCGUGAGCAAGGCCACAAAGCUACGCAACGUCCGCGCCGGCGACCGCCUUGUAGCCAUCAACGGUGUGCCCGUCGACGAGAUCGGCGUCUUUGUUGCUAUGCAGCAGCUCCUCGCCCGCACACCCACACACCUCACAUUUCAAUGCCACGACCGAGACUGGAUGGUUUAG